AUGGGGCUUUUCAACAGACUCAAGAAUACUACCUUCAAGCAGCAGCGAAUGAAAGCAUGGCAACCCGUCCUCACACCUAAAACCGUGCUCUCCACGUUGUUCAACGUCGCUCUGUCGUUAGCACCCAUAGGAGGCCUUCUUAUCUGGGGGAGUGGUCAGGUCACAGAAAUGACAUUCGACUACACACAAUGUGACUCGGCUGGUGGAAAUGCUUCGUCUCUCCAGGACGCCAUCACGAAUCACGCCAUAGACAAUCCCACUCCGGUUGGCACGGCGCCAGUAUACGCUUUCUUCACGAAUGACAGCGCGGCCAUUGGCGAACAGCACCAGUGUAUCAUUCAAUUCGAGAUCCCAUACGACAUCAAGCCAACGGUCCUCCUGUACUACAAACUCACUGGGUUUCACCAGAAUCACAGGCGAUACAUGCUGAGUUCUGACCCGGAUCAACUAAGAGGCAAGUGGAGGAGUACGUCGGAUCUGCAAAAGGGCAAAUGUGACCCUGUUGCGCGAGUCACAUAUUCCGAUGAAACAGCGCCGAAGGGUAUCUAUCCUUGUGGAUUGAUUGCUAACUCCAUGUUUAAUGACUCGUUCAGUAAUCUCACUGAGGUCGAGCAAAGCAGUUCGUCGAGCGAGAGCAACACGUACAUCCUUUCGGAGAGCGGUAUCGUAUGGCCGGGCGAGGAAAAACGAUAUGUCGAGACGCCUGGCAAUAACAUCUCCGAGCUCGUACCACCUCCCAACUGGGCACUCAAGUAUCCCAAUGGAUACACGUCCGACAACCCACCUCCCAAUCUGAGAGCAGACGUGCACCUCCAGGUAUGGAUGCGAACGGCUGGUCUUUCUACCUUUCACAAGCUCUGGGCGCGGAAUGAUCACGACGUUCUUCGACAAGGGACCUACCAAAUAACUGUCUUCAUGAACUAUCCGGUCAAGAGCUACUCGGGCACAAAAUCCAUCGUAAUUUCAACAGUGUCUUGGGUUGGUGGAAAGAACCCUUUUCUGGGCUGGUUGUACGUUGCUACUUCUGCGACUUUCUUCUUGAUUGCUAUUGCCGGCACUGUUAGAUAUGUUCUUAAGCCUAGUCUUUAUUAUCGCCCCACUCCUAGGCAUACGACCCUCUUGUCUAAGGCCACCGGCGACAAUAUAUCUUGA